UCCCUACACUCUGGAGUGCUGGUGACUGGCGGGCUUUUAAACAUGUCAGCCCUCUGUCACGACUCAGACCUGCCUCAGUUGCCAGACACUCCCGUCUCGACAUGUGAGUUCUGAACCUCCGGCCCGUCACCCUCACAGCGUCUGGGACUGGGAGUGCGUCAGUCAGCUCGGCGCUACAGUCAGGAGAGGUUAUCAUCGGCAGGUCCUUGGCGCACUCUCAGUUCUACACAUAGCCAGAGGUGAGAAGAAGAAAAAUAGUUGCAAUCCCCCCACCUUUCACUGAAGAACCUGCUGACUUAAACAGUCCACCACCAACUACAACAUGUUGAUCGCGUUGCUUCUGGCAGGAGCAGCCAUCUGCCUGCCUAUCCACGGCCUUGACCUCUGGACCACUGAGGACGACUAUCUAGACUUUGCUGCGAUGAAGAGUUGCCUCGGGUUUGACACAGCUGUGAGGCUGGAGAAGAAAACAUAUGACAUUGCAGUUAUUUGUGAGAAGAAUAUUAAGAAAACCAGUCAUCCUUUUGUCAGGGAUAUUAUACUUCGCAAAAAACGGCGCAUAAUUAAGGCCUCACAACCAGCACGUGAGGAAACAAUGUUGUGUAACCUCCAGGGAUUGAAUUUGAUGAAGUCGGACCUCUCAAUGAACUACGAUACAAUUCCUUCAUACAUAGAAGAGUCUGACCUCAACCCAGAGCUAAAGGAUGCCAUGACAGAGAAAACAAGUUUUUGUAUGAAACAUGCUGAACAGGUAAUGGAACGUGUGGAAGGAAGUAUCUUAAAAACUCAACGCCAGAGGUUGGUCCUGGGGAUGAUCUACCUCCAAUGUAUCAUCAGUGAAGGAAUGGAUGUUUGCCAGGAGCACGAGGCACAGCGCAUUGGCCCUCUGUUCUAGUACAGACAACACUGUAGCAGUUGGUUCCACUAGAAGUGGUGCAAUGACAACCAGGUCUGGUAAACUUAAUGCCACACACUGAGACUACCAUUUGUGUAAGUUGAAGAUGUAGAAAAAAAAUUGAAUUUAUAAGUACAUUCAUUCAAUGUGAUCACUACAUAUUAUUUACCAAGUCAUGUACCAUAGAUUGACUUUAAACUGAUCCAAUACAGUAAUAAAAAUAAAAAUUUGGGCAUACUGUAUUUGCUGUGUGUACUGUACUGAAGAAGUUUGUAAGUUGGUACAGUUGUCAUGAUACAAUACAGUAUCAGGAAGUGUGUUCUGGCUACUGUACCAUGUAGUGACCCGAGUCCCACUCAUGAGUAUUGAAAGGGUCUCGCUGUCAUAGAGGAUGUACCAAUUAAAAAACGUCCUCUCUAAUUUUCUAAUAUAAAUUGUAUCUGUUGAUAGAUCUUGCAUAGAACUUUUAGUAUAAUUAUUUUACUUUAAUCUAUUUUUUUGUUUUAAGUGACUAAAGUAACUCGGACCACAAAAAUUACACAAAAUUGCUUAUCCAGCUG